GAUAGCUGUGAUUCCCGAUCUGCUCCUUUGUUUGAAUACCCACUACACUCUUCUCUAUCUCCAUACGCCACGUCAAUACUGGACUUUCAAAGUUCUUCCACAGGAACAAUGACAUCUCUGGCAUUAAUGGGAGGAUGUCCAGUACCGGACAGUUGGGGGUCAGUAAACUACCAGGGAAAUACUCACCUUCACAGCACAGUUAAUAUGAAAAUGUGAUGAUCUGGUUUUUAUCUGGACUAAGUCACUCUGUCCAGUCGGCAGUCUGUUAAUUGAAUUUACUUUACUGCACGAACAUCCAUUGAUGAAUCCAAUUAAUGCAAUAGCUUUGAGCUAACACUUAUGUGCUUAAAUACUGAGUUCUGAGUUGAGGCAUCUAACAGUUUGUCCACUGUCUGUUCCCAUGGAAGAUGUUCAACAGAAACACAAGGAGACUCUGCGGGCACAAACUGAAACACUGAGAGUGAACACGAUCCUGAUGAGGGAGAAGGUGAAGGUUUUCCGGCUGGUUGAUCGAUACGCUGAGCUCACGGUCAUUUCUACUGUUGGAAAUCGGAGACUGGUGGAACAUGAGCUGCUGGCAAGAGGCAGAGACCAUGAGGACUGCACAGAAAAAUUCCGGUUCGAUCAGUUGUUCCAGAGCAGCUUUUCCAGGAGUAAAUCAAAAUCUGGGAUUUCGGCAGCAGUAGCCGGAGUCGCUGGGAUCGGGAAAACAACAAUGGUACAAAAGAUUGUUUAUGACUGGGCCACAGGGAAAAUAUACAAACAAUUCAAGUUCGUCUUCAGUUUUAAAUUCCGGUAUUUAAACUCUAUCAACUGUCGAAUAAACCUGAGGGAAUUGAUUCUUGAUCAGUAUCCUUACUUCCGGAAUAUCCUGAGGGAGGUCUUGAAGAACCCAGAGGGAUUGCUGUUUAUAUUCGAUGGUUUGGAUGAAUUCAAUGACAUAAUUGGUUUUGCUGACUGUCAGAGAGAUACAGAUCCUCAGCACACAUGCAUAGAUCCUGAAUCCUGGUGUAAGGUGUCUGAUAUUGUGGUCGGUUUAAUCCAGCACAGGCUGCUCCCAGGGUGUUCGGUGCUGGUGACAACACGCCCCACUACGUUACAAUUAUUGAAAAAGUCGGAGAUAAAUCUCUGUGCUGAAAUCCUGGGAUUUGUUGGUGAGGAACAGGAGAAAUAUUUCCACAGGCAUUUUGAAGAUCAGACGGUGGCAGAAGCUGUCUUCAAACACGUGAAGCAGAACGAGAUCCUGUACACCAUGAGCUACAACCCCUCCUACUGCUGGAUCCUCGCUCUGGCACUGGGCCCCUUCUUCACACAAACAGUCAGGGACCCGCAACAAGUUCCCAAGACCAUCACCCAACUGUACUCUUACUAUAUUUACAACAUCCUGAGAAAUCACGGCCGUGAGAUUGAGAACCCCCGUGAUGUGUUACUCAGGGUUGGUCAGAUGGCCUUCAGAGGAGUGUUCGAGAGGAAAAUUGUGUUUACAGAUGGGGAUUUGAUCAACUACAAACUGCAGCCUUCCCAGUUCCUGUCCGGGUUCCUCAUAGAGCUUUUGGAAAGAGAGGAUUAUGACCGGAGCGUGGUGUACACAUUCCCACACCUCACCAUCCAAGAGUUUGUAGCUGCAGUCGCACAAUUCCUGAAUCCACAUCCCGCGGAUAUCUUGAAAUUCCUCACUGAAGCCCACAACACGACAGAUGGGCGGUUUGAGUUAUUUCUCCGUUUUGUUGCUGGUCUCUCCUCCCCAAUGACCGUUGCGGGCCUGGAGGAGUUUCUGGGUCCAUUUCCUCAUCAAACAACCUGCCGGGUUAUUGACUGGGUGAAGGAGGAGGUUAAACGCCAGAGUGGAAACACGAAGAGUGAAGCUGGUAAAAGGAGCCUCCUGAACACAUUGUACAAUCUGCUUGAGUCUCAGAAUCGUGGACUGGCUCAGGCCGCACUGGGAUCUGUGGAAACACUUUCAUUCAGUGGAAUGACACUGACCCCGAUUGACUGCGCGGUCCUGUCUCAGGUCAUCGGACUCUGUGAUACAAUAAAACACCUCGACCUGGGGAACUGCCACAUUCAGUGUGAAGGAAUACAGCGGCUGGGACCCGGGCUGCACAAGUGCCAGGAUUUGAGCCUUGGUCACAAUAAGCUGGGAGAUUCAGGAGUGAAACUGGUGUCUGCGGCUCUGAAGAACCCGGGGUGUGAAAUACAGAAACUACGGUUGAUUGACGUCGGUCUCACAGAUUCUGGUGCCGAGGACCUCGCCUCCGCUCUCAGUACAAACUCAUCACUGACGGUACUGGAUCUGAGUGAUAAUAUACUGGGAGAUUCAGGGGUGAAACUGGUGUCUGCGGCUCUGAGGAAGUCAGAGUGUAAAAUACAGAAACUGUGUUUGUGCCGUGUCUGUCUCACAAGCGCUGGUGUCGACCACCUUGUCUUCGCGUUCAGUACAAACCCAUCACUGACGGGGCUGUACUUAAGUUACAAUUUUCUCACAGACCAAUCUGUGACUGCUCUUCGCCGCCUCAUACAGACCCUCCCGAAUCUGCAGCGGAUCGAGCUGAUUGUGAAUAAGUUCAGUGAGACCGGGAGGAAGGAACUGAGUUCUUUGGAUGAAACCAGACCCGGUCUGAGAGUAUCCGUGUGAACAUUCGCGCCCACGGAAUUGGGACAUUUUUUGCCGAAUUUCCCCGUACUCCCUUUUAAGAGCUGCCUUCCCUAUUUAAUAACCAAUGUUUCCAACGGACCACGCUCCAGCCGAGUGUCCUGUGACGUCACAAGAGGUCUGGCGUAAUUACGUGUCCUGCCCAGCGGCGCUGCUAUCUCCUGGUGACUGGUUUCGGGAGCUCCUCCAAGUGAAGCGCCAGGGACUUACACAGUCUGGGACCUCAGUGUUCCUGGGAUGGAUUAUCCAGGGAGAGAAUCCUUAUGCUCACUUCGGGCUGAAAACGGUACAUUCCACAGUGUAGCCGAUAUAAUGAUGUUAAAUUGACAAAUCCCUCGGCAGUGACCCUGGAUCUGCAGCGAUCUCGGACACCUCCGUGAAGUGUGAUUUUAUACUCAUCGGUCCCCCGACCAGAAUGACGGUGAGAAACGGGACUGAUUAUUCAACCGGUCACUCGUUGUCGCCGGUCAGUCAAUUAUGUGUGACUGACAGGGAGGUUGCAGCCCCUCUUUGAGUAUCUGAUGGGACUACUGCUUAGGUUCUGGCAGCAUCUUAGCUCGGCGCUCCUCAUAUACGGACACCCAGUACACAACGGGGUGGGACCCUAGGAGGAGCUCCUGGUGCGCUUGCUCCUGUGCCUGGCAGUGAUACUCAUUUACCGAUCUCGCAGUCAGAAAAUGGAGGAUUCUACCUGAUCUGCCUGCUUGCCCCUCUUCCGACGAUACGUUCGUGACCGGCUGUCUUUGGACAGGGAGUAUCCGAUCGCAAUAGGUACAUUGGGGGAUCAUCGGGAGCGGUGGCCCGCAGGCAUCUGACUGUUUAAUGGACGGUAGUAAUCAUAUUUUAAUCUGAGUGUACUCCCUGUCUUCUGUAUACGUUGCGCAAAUAAACUUUUAUAGUUUUGUUUAAAAAAAUAAUGAGCAACAUAUAUUCAUGGAGGUCAGACGUUGUUGAAUUUACAUUUGCCACGAUGCAAUCAUUAAACCGAUGUAAAUUCC